AUGAAUUUGUCUAAUUUUGAUGAUAAUGGAAUAGCCUUUAUGAAUUUUAUCAUAAAUUUUGACGUAAAUCAAUCUACAACAAAAAAAACUACCCUUUUUAUGCAAUUAUUUGAUCCAGAAUAUGACUAUAUUGAUACUAAUUUUGAUCUAAAUGACAAUUUUGAUCAAAAUGACAAUGACCCAUUUAGCAUAUCACUAUUAGAUGACAAUAAGAAAAUUCAAAAAGAAGUCUUUGAUGAUAAAAUCGAUGAAGUUCAAGAUGAAAAUAAAGAUUUGAAAAAAAUUAAUUAUCUUGAAAA